AUGAACUGGGUUGGGGGCAGUCGGAGCAGAAUCAUACUUAAGCAGGAGAGAAGAAAGCAAAAAGAAUUCUUCGAAAAGAAAAAACUUAGAUCAAAGAUGAAGCUGCUGGGAGUGUCCUCAUCCCCUAAAAGUUCAACAGUCAGUUUAGAUCUUCUCAAUCUGUAUGUUGUUAAUCAGAUAGCAAGCAAGAAGGAUAAUACUGAAAGCAUAAGAAAACCAGUCCACGUUGAUAUGACAAGGGGUAUAAAAAUACCAGUGAAAAGAUAUAAUAUGGAACUUCCUGUGUCACCGCAACGUGCAUCAUAUAAAACAAAUCUAGAUGACAUCCAAAACAGGGUACAACAACAAGUAUUAGAUAAUAGAAGAAAGCAUCUCUCAGACAAGACAAAAUACCAAUCACAAACUGGAGUACGGAACCUCAGUACAAUGCAGCAGCAGCAGCAGCAGCAGCAGCAGCAGAUUAUAGCUCCUGUCCACAGUCCUCUUCUGUUCCUUGGUCUUCUAAAUGUAAACAGUUUCCAGAACAAAAUUUCAGCACAAAUCUAUCCAGGAUAUAUGAACUCAGCUGGUAAAUCUCCAGCUCUAAUUACCGGUAAUGAUUCUAUAAGCAGCAACAGAAUAAAAGAAUCAUUGUUUGAUAUUGUGGAAGAAACAGCAAUACCAAAUACCAACCAAGAUGAAAGAAGUCAUUCCAUUCUAGCAUUGUUCGAAGAUGAGAGCAAGCUGAUUCAUAAUACUCCCUCCAAAAAGCAUUGCAGUUCUUUUGUUAACCAAAGCAGUAUGAGCCAAUUAUUUACAGAUCAUGAUAAUACAAAUCAAACGUUUAACAGAGGUAGCCUUUAUGACUUUAAAGAGGUUCAUCACAAGACUGACUGUGCUGAAAGACGUACUGUAGGUAGAUGCCUUAAGGGAAUUUUCACAGUUCCAGAACAGAAUUUCUUUCAAAGGAACAAUAAUUCGAGCACUAGCCGCAAACAAAAGGAAAGGCCUAAUAAGAGCUACAUGAAAGAAUGCCUUGAGGGACAAUAUUACUUCACACCUUCUGAAAUACAAGAAAAUCCUGCAAAGUAUGAAAGAUUAGGGUUAUUUACAAAUCACCCUGCUGAAGAGAUUAACUUUGAGGGAACCAUGCAGAGCUAUUCAAUGAACCAGAAUGACUGCCAUCUUCUGGAAGAAUCAGAUUGGAGGCACUCAAAAGCCUUUGGAUUUGAAAUGGUUCCAACAACAGGUGGGGAAAAUGCUAACUUGGAAAUGAGUUCAAAGUCUGGAGAGAUACAAAAGGAUACUGAAUCCCCCCUGAGCAGUCAGUCCCCCUGUUAUUCUCCCAAGCUAACAGAGAGUUGUGUCAGCACUGGUUCUGAGAUGUCAGAAGAGGAGGAACCAGCUGAAAAGAAGAAAUGUCUUUAUGAGAACUCUUUUCACAGAAACAAAGCCAAUCCAAGUGCUGCUUCAACAAGCAAAGGCCCAGAGUGCAGCUCUCACGCAGACAGCAUGCCUUUCCUUCCAGGCAAUAGUUUGGCUGUCAGAGCAGCCAGAAUUCCUCAGCAGAAAGAGGCUAUUUUACAAGCUACACAGGAGGACAAUAAAGGGCCAUUUGCUCUACCAGGGUACAGCUCAUCACACAUAGUACUUAAGAAGGAGGCUUUUAAUCACAAUGAGAGAUAUGAUGCCUGGUCACAAACAGAGACUUUUACUGUAGGAGCAGAAAAAAUCGAUGCUGCCACACAAUGUGCUCUGAUACAGGCAUGCAGCUGUAGAAACCAUCUUUCCUCUGUCCACAGUGCUGAAAUGAUCACUGAUGUCAACAAAGCAGAUCCCGCUGGAGGGCAGGAAAUCCCAGCAGAUGAGGCACUUCCAUCUUCAGGUACAGACAAUGCAACAGUUACUACAGAAUUUCCUCCUGAAAUUGAGUAUCUGACUUUGGCUGACAAGAUGACUCUAGAUGUUUUGAACUAUUUUAAUGUAAUGAAAAAGAGGGAAAAGAGCAACUGAGAGAGAUGUGUUAAGCAUGUAGCGUGGAUGCAUCAAAGUGCCCUGUACUCUAGAAGUUCUGUUCCUUUCACAGUCUAUUAUUUCCUUUAUUUGUUACAUUUAUUGUUAACUUGUGUGAGCAAGACUUAUUCAUUUUUUAAACAAAUGAUUACUGAAGAUGCUCAAUGUUUUACUACAGUUCAUUGAAAAUAAUGUUUUUAACUAAAGAAAAAAUCUACAAUCCAAGUAUAACAGUUGUAUGAGACUGAGCCUGUUCUUAUUGAAUUCAGUGCAAAGGCUCCAUUUGACAUUGAAGGAUACAGGAUAGGUCCCUUAAAUCAGAAAACAAAUAUUUUGUGUGCUGAUGCACCCAUUUUAGCACACUAACUAGCCUGAAUAGCACACCUAUGCUGAAACUGUAAAAUGAGAUACAAGAGGAAUGCACAUCUGUGCACACAGAACAAACUGCAAUUAGUACUGCAUAUUCAAGUAAGAAGAUUCUCUUGAGGCAGUUAUGCUAGAUUUAUACAUUCACUGUAAAUGCAGACUCAUCUCUUGUUUUGGUAGUUUGCCUGAAAAUUAAAAU